AUCAUCAAACUCAGUUAUAUUUCCCCCUUGAACACUAACGAGCAUGAAAUCCGACUCGUUCGAGCCGCAAGCGAAGAGGUCAGCUGCCACGUUGAGACUGCGAACCUGGACCUGAGUCCGUCUCAUAAAGCGCUGUCCUACGAAUGGGGAGCUGAGAACGGCCCUGAGAGAGAGGUUAUAUUGGAUUCCGGCCGCGUGAGUGUGCGAGAGAAUCUGUGGUGGGCGUUGUACUAUUUGAGAGAUUAACUGGAACGUCGCGUCCUUUGGAUCGAUGCCAUUUGUAUCAAUCAGUCGACAUCAAAGAACGAAAUCACCAAGUUUCUAAAAGGGGAGAAAUUUAUUCUCGGUCUAUUAGGGUUGUUGCGUGGCUUGGCCAGGAGAACAAUUGGGAAAGUGAUUCCACUCUGGCGAUGCUCUUUUUGCAACCACUCCUUGCAACUCGGAGUCCGAGUGCCGGAAUCCUAAAGGUAGUUUUAGGCCGGAA